GGGACGGCUGGUACGUCACAGACCAGCCUUGGUAGUCAGAGCUUCAGCAGUAGCUACAAUAGCCAACACGAUGAGGGAUGCUGAAAAGCAUGUCGCUUAGAGUCGACCCUCCGUCCAUCAGAUGCCCACGGCUUGCAAGAUGCCCCCACCCCCAGUAUGAGUUUCUCCAGUCGCAACCGCGAGCAGAUCCACAUGACACUUCCAUCCCCGCCCCACUUUACCGCCGCCUGCGUCGCCCUCGAAUCAGCUGCAUUGCAAGUGACUUGCCCAUACAACUUCGCAUUGAUGAUUACCCAGUCAAUAAGCAGCGCAUACCGACGCGGUCAAUCUGAUCACCCUAGCACAGACCGUGCAUCUUUGUCCAUCCUCGUCGCAACCACUUGGGCUACAGGCUACAGCAGCAGGGGCAAUAGGUGUCAAGUGACAAUUGACGCGCUUCUUACUGCUUUCCGCCACCUUUCUCACGUCCUUGCACUAUGUAUGUGUAGCAUUCAUUGCCUGUUGUAAUAUCCGAAUCCAAAUUUGUCCGUGUAUGUCUUCUCGC